AACAAAAGAUCACCAAUAGCUACAUAGCCAUUCGUUGGACUCCUCGCCGCCCCUCUCCUUCCUUUGUUGAUGGCCAAGUCUGGCCUUCAACUCUCCUCCUCCUCCUCUGUCUCCACCACCGCCACCACCAGCACCUAAUGACCAUGACUCAGGUCAGCCACGCUUUGGUCCAUCUCGAAGCCAAGUGGGCUCGCCUUGUUCGCCGCUUCUUCCACGCCGUGCGUAGCCACCUCCUCUCUUGUUCCUCCCCGAAUGGUCGGUACCGGCAGCUUAAGGCCAACCAAAGUGCUCCAGACCCCACGGUGGCCCGGGACAUCCCCAAGGUGGAUACGGGACAUGCGCCGGUGCGCACGGAUAUGGAGGUGGAUUCCGACGUGCUGUCGUUGAAGGUCAGCCUCCUCGGCGAUUGCGACAUCGGAAAAACAAGCUUCAUGAUGAAGUAUGUGGGCGAUGUGGAGGAACAGAGAGGAGUAGAAAUGGCAGGACUGAAUCUAAUGGAUAAAAUCUUCGUAGUAAAGGGAGCGAGGAUCGCCUUUAGGAUAUGGGAUGUGGGAGGUGAUGAUCAAUUUCUGGAUCAUGUGCCCAUUGCCUGCAAAGAUGCUGUCGCAAUUCUUGUAAUGUUCGAUCUCACCAAUCGAUGUACGCUAAACAAUGCUAUUGCCUGGCAUCAUCGAGCAAGGAGAUGGAACGCGACGGCAAUUCCGAUCUUAAUAGGGACCAAAUUUGAUGAUUUUGCUCGGCUUCCUCUUGAAAUGCAAUGGACGAUCGUGAAUCAGGCCAGAGCAUACGCAAGAGCGAUGAAAGCAACUCUGUUUUUUUCCAGCACCACCCACAACAUUAACGUGAACAAGAUCUUCAAGUUUAUCGCGGCCAAACUGUUCAACAUGCCAUGGACGGUGGAGAGAAAUUUGACUAUCGGAGAACCUAUCAUUGACUAUUAGGUUCUUCUUCUCGGCUUCUUUCUCACUAUUUUUCUUUGCUUUCUUUCCCUUUGGUUGUUUCUUCUCGGUCACCUCUUCUUAUUUGGUUUACACCGCCAGCUGCUCGUGUUGCCUAGUGCAAGAUUGUAAAUACCAACAAGCUCCACGACAAAGUGUGAUGAUCCUUUGUCAUUCGAGAGCCAUUCAUAUUGUUCGAUGCAGAGAAUGAUAGUUUCAAGAUCAAAAAUAUGCCCACAAGCAAGUGGAGAUUCAUGUCCA